AUGGCGGCUAGCGCCGGUGGAUCUUUAUCAGUUUUAGCUGAACUUCAGAAUGCUGUCUUGAAGCCGCCUCUCAAAAGAUUUGAACAUGUCACGGUCAUCAUUACCAACAUUAGUACCAAGGAAGCUCAACAUAUAUUUCCAACACUCUUGGAAAGUAUGUUUGGGUUUGGGAAUGAACCAGGCUGGGAUUUGGAGUAUAUAAACAAAACAACCACACCAGAUGAAUACGAAUAUGGCCAAGCAUUUCUCUCUCCAACGGGACCUUUGCUAAAGCUUGUUUACAGGUUACAGGCUGACCCUUAUCUCACAUAUGAAUUUCCAUUGCGAUGUCUUCCUGUACCAACACAGCGUUUAAUUGAGGAAGGAGCUAUUCCUGGUCGCAAAUCCAGGCAGAAUACUCCAGUUUGGGGCCAUUUUGCUGCUUACCUCUAUCCAACCCUAGUUGAGGAUUAUUUAGACUAUUUUCUGCCUCUUGACCAACAGCCGCCACCCAUGCCUCCUUUACCGUCUCCAGUUCGUAGUAUGGUUGUCCACCCACAGAGCAAAAUAUCCAUUCCACAAUCCAGUGGCAGUCCUGGUAUGCCUAAAUAUGUUUCCAGUGGAUUACAUCUUCUCAAGCCGAGUGUAAUAAUGGCCCAAAAACAGCACUUCCAGUCACCAUCUGUGCUCGACCAAUCUGGAACAGAAACCUGGCGCUCAGAAACUCUCAUUCAGGUCUUUUCUGACUUUUGGCUGAAUCAGAAUUCGCAGAAUGCCAAUCCUCCUGGCAUUGUUCAUCAUAGUGAGGAGAUCUAUGUUCCCACCAUCAAUCACAUCCGAAUGAUUCGCUUGCUUGUCAAACAUUUACAUUAUUUUGUGAAUAGUGCAUCAGCACCAAUACUUACCUCACCUUAUUACCAACAAACAUUGACACCUCUUGACCAGUUUAAGAAAACCACAGUACUUGGAAUUGUCCAAAAACGUCUCUACACAUUCUUACGUCAUGCAUUUGACUGGUGGCCAUUAGAUUCAUCUUUUAGAUUGCUUUUGGAAACCUGGCUGAGUUACAUCCAACCUUGGCGUUAUGUAGGAAACAAUAAAAACACAUUAUUCCGAGGAGAUGUAGAUGAUGAUUCUAAAAUUGGUGGAUCACAUGAAAGAUGGUACAACUUUGUGGUGGAUAAUUUGUUGUUCUACACUGCCAUUUUCCAUCAGACACUCCCUCGGCUUUUCCGGAUGGACAUGACUUCCCCUCACAAUGCUUACAUGUUGUUCAGAAUCACAAAGGUAUUUUGUAAUCCCUCCCUGAACAAUAUGCUGCACAGAGCUGAACAUGAAAUGUGUCAACCAUCUCUCCUGCCAGCUGGCACCGGCAGAGAUCUAAGUGGCAGCUAUCUGGCCUCGGACCACAAGAUGAAUGCAGCCCUGAAUUUACAAAUCUCAGAACUCGAGCGACCUGGAUUCCAAUAUGUGCCUUUGUUUGAACGCUACACAGUUGACAUGAUCCGCAAGUUAUUAAUUAAUGUGAAUCAAGCCAAAAAUGCAGUAAUUGAAGCAGAAGGAACUGAGAAGCCAUCCCAGUUUAAGCUGCCUUCCGUGUGGUCCAAAAUUGUUAACUUUUUCAGUGUUGAUCCUCCCACAAACGAUGUAAAUGGUGCCGAGCUCAAUUACAAGACAAGACAACACCUUGAAUGUGUGGAGAAUAAUUUACAAACAAUCUUCCAGGUGUCUACUCCAGAAGUAUUACUGAGCAGUUCCAUUUACAACAAUGAUCCAACAGAAUUUGGUCAGCCAAAGAACACUUCAAACAAAUACAAUUCACCAGAGAUGAAAGAGACCUCUGAAGGAUGGAAACUUACUGAUGUGGGAAGAUAUCAGCUUAUUAAUAACUUGCGAAAAUCUGAUGUGAAAUACCAAGGAGAUCCCGAAUUACAACCAAUCAGAACUUACGAGAAUGCCUUUCUGGUGCGGAUACUUUAUGGUGUCUGCUGCCACAUCAAUACACAGUGUGCAUCGACUAUCAAUAGGCUGUAUUAUCGCCAAGACUUUUUGGGGCGGCUCUCUCGAGUGUACCUUUGUCCACCAUUCCGUUUUCGGGAUUUCCAGUCCCCAAACCGGUUACGCAUCACAUCAACUUCAACCAGCCCCCACUUAAGUUUACGCUUUCUAGCCAGCUACCCUACACUCUUUCAUCUGCUGCUACUUUAUCUAAUUCUUUAUUUUUCCUAUGGAUUUGGCCUUCCAAGUUACUUAUUCACCUUGUUUGUAAUCACUGUCAGCUAUGGCCUCCUUCAAGCUGUGUUCACAUCAAAUACUGUAAAUCCUGUUGCAAUGGAAACUACACGCCUGUCAUCUUCGUCACCUAGCUCUAUGGACAGUUUGGAUGAGGAUCUAUCAUUUUCCUUUAAUGCCUCAACCCCCCGACGAGUGACAUGA